UCUUAAAGUUGCCAAGGUUGGAGACUCCUGUUCUAAAAAAUAGUGAGAGUUGGUUUCAGAGGUAGAUUCCUACCGGUUCGGCUGAACCGGUAGUAACUUGGCAGCCUGGAUCACUGGAACCAGCAGCGACCAAGGUUUCCCACGCCCACGAACCGGUUCUCUCGUUUUUGCCUUCUGCAAAUGCACCGAGCUAUUUUGGUUGCACUGUGCAUGAGCGAAACGGCAGUAACGGCAGCCAGAAUCUACCCCUGGUUGACUGGUCUGAUCUCCUUGUGGCCCAAGGGACUCCUUGGUGACAAGAUAGCCCCAUGUCCAAUGUUUGAGGGGAUGUCACAGAGAGGAGGGAGGUUGCCAAAACCUAUUUUCCAAAGCACCUGAAGGCCAGACAAGGAACAACGGGUGGAAACUGAUAAAGGAGAGACUCAACCUAGAAAUAAGGAGGAACUUUCUGAUACCUUAAUCUCCUGCCGGCUUAAUCUUCUGCAGAAGCCACAAAGGUGUAAGACAAGGUAUCCAGGCUAGGCCCACCAUUUCUUCCAUUUAACAUUACGACAUAAUUUUCUGAGCCUCAUCCCGAGAGGAAAAUGCCCCAAGAGCAUAGAUGUGCCAAAGAGGGAGGGCAAAUUUAAAUACUCUGGGUAGGAUCCCGCCCGUGGGAACAAAAUUGGAAUAGCAAAAGGAUUUCGCAGGCCAAGUCUUAACACAGAACAGGCUACAAGCUGCACGGAAAUGCUGGCCCUGAGCUCGAUUUUCCUCCCGCUCGCCCUCUGCCUUCUGGUUGUCCAACUGGUGAGGCUCCAGUUUAAGAGAAGACUCUACCCACCUGGACCGACCCCUCUGCCUUUCAUCGGGUGCUUAUGGAACCCCAAAUAUUUUCAUUUCAACCGGGAACUCCUGAGUGAGAUGUCCAAGGUCUACGGGAAUAUCUUUACGCUGUGGUUCGGGCCCUACCCUGUGAUUAUACUCCAAGGUUACCAAGCCGUGAAGGACGGUCUCACCACCCAUCCUGAAAAUGUUUCUGGCCGUCCUCAGCUCGCCUUUUUUAAAGAGUUGGCGAAGAACAAAGGGAUCCUGCUUUCCACGGGCUUGACGUGGAAGCAGCAAAGGCGAUUUUCAAUGGCGACCCUGAAGACCCUGGGCAUGGGGAGGAGCGCUCUGGAGUAUCAGAUCCAAGAGGAAGCAGAAAGUCUGGUGGACGUUUUCAGGAAAAGUGAAGGAAAACCCAUGAAUCCGAAUUUCGUCUUGAACCUCUCCGUUUCCAAUGUGAUUUGUGCGUUAGUCUUUGGUCAUCGUUUCUCCAUAGAAGACGAGACUUUUCACCACCUGCUGGAAGCCAUAGAGAAUAUUUUCAGUGUUUCUGACAACAUCGCGAGUAACCUGUACAAUGUUUUCCCCAGGAUUAUGCAGCAUAUCCCAGGUUGUCACCAGAAGGCCUUUUCCUCCCGUGACUUUGUUCAGUCCUUCAUAAGAGAGGAGAUCAAGAAACACCAAGAAGCAGAACAUCAAGGAAAAGACCAAGACUUCAUUGAUUGUUACCUGGCUGAAAUGGAGAAAACAAAAAACCAACCCCAAUCACCCUAUGAUGAAAAGAAUAUGGUUCAGUGCGUCUUUGAUCUCUUCCUGGGUGGAACAGACACAUCAGGCACCACUCUCUACUGGGCAUUGUUAUAUAUGGCAUUUUAUUCUGACAUUCAAGCCAAAGUCCAACAGGAAAUAGAUACAGUUCUACCACCGGGCCACUCGAUCUGUUACGAGGAUCGCAAGAAACUUCCGUACACCAAUGCUGUGGUGCACGAAAUCCAGCGCUUUAGCAACAUCAUUUGGAUUGGAAUGCCCAGAUUCUGCAUAAGAGACACAAAGAUCCAGAACUUUCUCGUUAGAAAGGGUUCUACCUUUUUCCCGAACAUGUCUUCGGCUUUGUAUGAUGCCAACGAAUGGGAGACGCCCCUCACGUUCAACCCAAACCAUUUCCUUGACAAGGACGGGAAUUUCACCUGCCCAGAAGCAUUCAUCCCGUUUUCUUUAGGUCAUCGAGCAUGUUUGGGAGAAAAUUUAGCAAAGACUGAGAUCUUCCUGUUCUUUAGCAAACUUUUACAAAUGUUCCAUUUCCACUUGGCCGAAGGAUCAAAAGAUAUAAAACUUGAGCCUGUCUUGGGAGCCACUAUGAAGCCUCAUGACUUCGACAUCUGUGCAAGUCCACGAUAGGCCCAUAUGUCAGGCCCGAACGGCAGCUGUGGAUACUGGGACUGGGAAUCCAAGCAGCUGAGUUUGCCUCCUCCAACGUUUGUCUGAAAAUAAAGCAAGUUUCUAGCCCUCCUGGUUGUGGAAGCCAAAUACAUGCAACCUAGUCUCAUUCUGCAACAUGGGCUUUUGAAUACAGCCAGGAUGGCAACAUCAGCAUUAAUCCGUCCUCUAUGUUCUUGUCAUUUAUCUUGUUCCACUUCCUCCCUUCUGUCUGAGCCUCUAAUCCAGAUGUGUCAAACUCGAUUUCAUUGAGGGCCAUAUCAGGGUUGUGUUUAACCUCAGAGGGCCAGGGUGUGUAUGGCCAUGAUGGACAUGUGGCGGCCAAGUACUAAGGCAGACCCGCCCUCACUCUCAUUAUAAUCUCCUUCCUUCCUUCCCUCCCUCCCUCCCUCCUUCCUUCCUUCCUUCCCCACU